AUGGGCGACAAGGACGCCUCGCCAUUCGGCUAAGCCCCGCUGCUGACAAUGCGACCAGAUACCUUCUCCGGCAGCCUGUUCGACGACGACUUCAACAACUAUGACGCAAGCCACUCCCUGCUUACCGAGGGCGAGACACAGUCCAUCGCCGACUUCUUCUCCAACACCGAUCCCUUCCUGGCCGACCAGCACUUCCCUCCCGCCACCUCGACCGACACCAAGCACAGUCUCGAUGAAUUCACCGACUGGACCAACUUCAUGCAGCCCGCCACGGUCCACGGCGUCUCCGCGACCAUCCCGGACCAGGCGCAUCUGCACAAUCACAAUGCCCUCUUCAACGACCACACCUACGCCCAGCCACCCCCACCAGUGAACCACUACGGAAAUACACACAACACACAGGAUGACUUGCAGGCGGCAUCGACCCUGUUCCAGAACUCACAGGCAUCAUACGCGAACAACAACAGGUCACACAGCUUUCACGCCACUCCUACGACAAGCCAACCUCUGGCUGCCAACGAGUCGUCAUCUACUGUGGACCGAGACGGCAAGCCCUUGAGAGUCACCCCUCACGGACUGAUCAACGAACAGCUCUCUGCGCUCCUCCCCAACCACAAUGAGGAAGGUACGUUGGAUGCCCAAUUCGCCGCGCAGUGGGUCGGCACAAAUGCCAUACAAAUUCAGAGGAGGCCCAGCUCUGAAGACGAGGAAGAUGCGAAGCCCUCCAAGAAGCGGAGAAAGAGCAAAGCUGGCAAAGAUGGUCUGCAGAAGAGCGCACGGAACGGCAAGGGUCGGAAGGCAUCUACGGUCGAGGAGGGAAAGAGAAAGCGCGCGGCUGCCCAGAAGCUCCAGCGCGAGAACUUGACCGAGGAGCAGAAGCGCAGCAACCACAUUCUGUCCGAGCAGAAGCGACGGAAUUUGAUCAAGCGCGGAUUCGACGAUUUGCAUGACCUUGUUCCAGAGAUCCGCAAUGGAGGCCUCAGUAAGAGCAGUGUUCUGACCGAGGCGGCCAAUUUCCUCGAGAACGUUAUCAUGGACAACAACAAGUUUCGGAAACUUCUCGGUGGCUGA